AUGACAAAGAGAGCAGCUUAUCACGGAGGAAAUUGGUACGCCUCUGAUAGUAAUAAAUUAGGUCAACAACUAUCAGGAUGGUUAGGUGAAACUAAAUCAAUUAAAAAGAAUACUAAAGCAUUGAUUGUACCACAUGCAGGUUAUGAUUAUAGUGGAAGAGCAGCAUCAAGAGGUUAUAUUAAUUUGUCUGAUACUACAUUUAAAAGAAUAUUUGUAUUGGGACCAUCACAUCAUGUUUAUACUAAAUCUUGUGGUUUAUCAAAACAUACUCAUUUAGAAACUCCUGUUGGUGAUUUAAAGGUUGAUGUUGAAAUUACCAAUAAAUUAAAUUUAACAGGACAAUUUACAUGGAUGACAAAAGAAAUUGAUGAAGAAGAACAUAGUUUGGAGAUGCAUUUCCCAUAUAUUGCACAAGUGACAAAAGGUCGUGAUAUUACAAUUGUACCGGUAUUGGUUGGAAAUGUACCAAAAGAGAAUUUAAAGACCUAUGCAGAUAUAUUUGCACCCUAUUUGGAUGAUCCAGACAACUUUUUCAUUAUUAGUAGUGAUUUUUGUCAUUGGGGAUCAAGAUUUGACUACUCUCCACAUGAUCCAAGUUGUGGUGCCAUUCAUCAAUUUAUUGAAAAGAUGGACAAGAAUGGAAUGAAGGCUAUAGAGUCUGGUGAUCCAUCAGUAUUUGCAGACUAUCUCAAAGAAACUAAAAACACUAUUUGUGGUCGUAACCCAAUCUCUCUCUUUCUUUGGAUCAUACAUAGUAGUAAACUCAAAUUUGAAAUUCAAUCACUCUAUUAUGAACAAUCAAGUAAAUGUAAUAGUAUGCGUGAUUCUUCUGUUUCUUAUGGUGUCAUUUCUUUUAAUCAACUAUAA